AUGUCAUCUGAGGGUGCGAGUCUAAACGAACAAUUAUUGGAUUGUGCAAGAAGAAACAAUGAAGAUUUGUUCAAUUCCAUUUUAGAAUCAUUAGGAAACGAUACUUAUAAUAUUUCUGAAUUAAUCAAUACAUCAAGAGAUCCAUUUGGAAACACUGCAUUACAUUUAGCAUGUCAAUAUGGGUCUUGGGAAGUUUUAGAUAAAAUACUAGACCAAGAAGGUGAUAUUGAAAUUGAUCCUCAAAAUACCACUGAUGGUGAUACCCCAUUGCAUGUCACAGUAAAAUAUGCUCACAAUGAACCAGAGCAUGGUACUUUUAUAGCUAAGAACUUGAUCGAGGUUGGUGCAGACCCAAGAAUAAGAAAUAAUCGUAACGAAAGACCAAUCGAUUGCAUUCACGGUGAUGAAUUGGAGGAAUUGAUAGAUUUAUUACAAGGUGCCGAAAUAUCUGCUGAUAACGGCGGUGUUAAUGAUGAAGAGGAUAUUGAAGAAGAUAAUGUUGAUAACGGAGAUGAUGAUGAUGAUAAUUAG